ACGGCUUCCUGAGUCCCUGGGUUGCCUUCGCUUGUUAGCAUUCGACAUACAGAGCGCAGUCAAGAUGGUUUACCCCAGUCGACAACAUGCUACCAAGACGCUAGAGAAGCUAGCGGACCUGCUCUCCGCUGAAGAGAGGGACAAACCCCAGGUUAUCCUCCUUGCAGGCGAAGUGACCCCGUAUCGAAAUGAUACCGACAGGGAGAUGCCCUAUCGGCAGGAAUCUAAUUUCUUCUAUCUAUCGGGAUGCACUGUGCCGGCCUCCUACCUUCUUCUCACGACGUCCUCCGCCGCGCUGGAAUCGUCCUCGAUCACUCUCUUCAUACCGAAAGCCGAACCCGUAGACCUCAUGUGGUCUGUCCCUCCCCCAUCCCUUGAUGCCGCACGCGAAAUCCACGACGCCUCGUCAGUCCUGCACACAUCGGAUUUGUCGAAGGCCCUUGUCGACGCCCUCACCGCGUUUCCCGAUGCCCUGAUACACACGCUCCCUUCCAAGUCACCCCUCUUUCCGGAGCUUCCAGAGGCGCUGAUUAAAGCGGCUUCAAAGAGCGCAACCGUGACAGACGCGUACCUUUUGCCCGCACUCCACCGCGCAAGACUUCUCAAAACGGAUGAAGAGAUAGAGAAGAUACGCAAAGCUAACGCGAUCAGCUCAAGGGCUCACGAAGUUGUGAUGCGCGUGUUGGGGAAUGGAGUGCGGGGCUUAGAGAAGGGGGCAGGAGCAGGGGUUGACAGGCCUCUUCUGCCUAGCGAGUGGCUGAUCGAGAAAGAGGCGGAGGCAGAAGCCAUCUUCGUCGCAUCAUGCAGACGCGAAGGCGCCGUCCACCAAGCGUAUCUCCCGAUCGUCGCAGCCUCGACUCGCGCUUCGACCCUUCACUAUUGCUGUAAUGAUAAAGAGUUUGCCUGGGGACCUGUGAAACCUCACGAUCAUCACAACAAGAACGACUUUGCCCAUGGCAGCGCACGUGAUUUGCAGCCCCAGGUUCUGCUCAUUGAUGCAGGCUGUGAAUGGGAGUGCUAUGCCUCAGACAUUACACGCACUAUGCCUGUUGGGAAUGGCGGCAAAUUUACGCCAGAGGCCAAGGCAAUCUAUGAGCUUGUUCUCGAGAUGCAGAAGCUCUCGAUGGCACUCCUCAGGCCCGGCUUGCACUGGGAUGCUGUGCAAUUGCUCUGCCAUCGUACUCUCGUUCAGGGAUUCCAACGUCUAGGUAUAUUCAAGUCCCCCAAUUCCCCCGGAUCAGGAUCUUGGAAUUCCGAGGAGGCGAUCCUGGCGUCCGGUGUUAGCAGCGCGUUCUUCCCGCACGGGCUUGGCCACUCGCUUGGGAUGGACGUGCACGACGUGCCCAGCGCUAGCAAGCCAGAUGUAAAUCACACUAUCGACAAAGGGGUCGCGCUUGGCCAUGAGAAUUUCUACACAUAUCUCAGGUUGCGACUGCCGCUAGAGGCAGGGAUGGUCGUUACUGUCGAGCCGGGGUGCUAUUUCUCGCCACACCUCCUGGCACCCGUGCGCGACUCGAAGCACAUCGACCAUGAAGUGCUUAAGCGUUACGAGAGCGUGGGUGGCGUGCGGAUUGAGGACGUCGUCGUAAUCACGAAAGUCGGAUACGAAAAUCUGACCACGGUCAAGAGCGAUGUCGAAUGGAUUGAAGGGGUGUGUUCGGGAAAGCUUUAAGGCUUGUAUGUAAAAUUGUUUUCCAGUUGACCGCGCAGAAGAUGAUGAAGUGUACGAACACAAGGUGAGAGGGCGUGCUGCAUUAGGCCUUAGGGCUCGGAGCUGAAUAAGAAAGCCAGUUUCCCGGUG